AUGGGGCAGGAGUUCCCCAACAGCGACACCAAGGUGUUGCCCCUCGUCUUUUUGGCCGAGCUAUCCGAGCCUGGGAGAACAACACUCGUGCGGAUUUUACGAGAGAUCCUGCGGAGGACUUACGAUGGGCAUCGGAUGUCUACGUACGAGGACCUCCAGAAGUUUAAAUAUGAGUUUGAGAUGUGGUCACCAUCCCACCGUCUGCUCAAUUCUAUUACAAAAGAGAGCGAUAAAUGGUCGGUCCUUCAUGCUCUGGCCGUCCUCGCAUAUCGAUGUGGCCGACCAGAUAUCAUUGUCAUCGACAAAUUAGCAGCUGAAAAUACUCAGCUGAGUGUCUCUCAUACCGACAAAGACCAUGAAGAUGAGGAUUAUCUAUUCAUUCCAAUCCCAGUCAUUGUCAUUACGACUCGACAGCAUCCAAGCUCUCCGCGUAGCCUAUCUGUUUUUGCAAGACGCACCGUCUCGGAUGAACACGGAUCAUUCCAAUAUAACAUUCCAGUUUUGUCACAUAAUGAUGAUCCCUACGGCCGGGACUCAGUGCAUCACUCUCCUUAUGCCCUUUUGUGGGACCGCAUCUAUGGUUCCCCAUACGGGCCUUUGUGGGAGCAUAAUUUUAUAGAAGACAUUCCGCGAGAGAAGGGUAUGAUGCUGCAUGACAUUGAUCGGCCCCCUUUCGAGAAUACCGAAGUUGUCCUCGGUUGGGAAAAAUACCUGGCUGCCGUGAAUGCCAGCCUCUGUGGCCGCCUUCCUCCGGAGCUAGUGCAUAUGGUCAUUUCUGAUAUCAGAACUGCGCCUGGGCGAGCGCAGUUAUGGAAACGCCGUCCCAGCCGAACCAAUCUGAUCAUUCUGCUCUGCUAUAGUGCCUCCGCGAAAGAGGUAGAGGAAACCCAGGCAGCCGUUUCUCGUGUCUUGCCAACCCUCUACCCAAAUAGAGUAAAUGAGAGUGUGGAUUACGACAUGGAACUACGCCUAAUGUUUGAUGAAGAUGUUCCAUUCAAGUUUACGGCGGAGGUGAUUCCACUCGAGCAACAUCGCUGUCGGUCGCGGCGAGAUUUUGCGGCCUUCUGGGAGACGUGCAACGUUUGGGAUCCUCAAUUCGGUGUCGAUCUGUCAAAUACCCCCACGCUUCCCCUGUUGCUUUUGCCGCGACCCACUGAGGACAUCGAGGGAGAAUGCUUUAGUGCUAUAACCCAUUUUGGUUCCAGGGGCAAUCUCGCUUUCGUCGCCGAGCUAUCACUACAUAGCAUCUGCAGGUCCAUGACAGAUCUAGGCCGAGUUGUCGUCAGCAAGCCUGGCCGACGUCCGAGUAGUAGAUACCCUCCUUUCAUUGAUCUGAAGGAAGGGGUACAGAAGCCGAGAGAGACAAUCUGGUACCCCAUCUUACAGAUUAAUCACUGUGAGCCAGGUGCUUUGGAAGUAUUCUCCCUUGCGAAUAAAUUGACCGAGGAAGAGAAGCAUUGGCUUAGGGACGAGAUAGUGAGCACCUCACUAAGUUAUCUCGAAGACGCUUAUCUUGCUCGCUCAAAUCCCGAGGGGGAGCGAUUCUAUGUCAUUGCCGCCAGAAAUAUCGAUUUCCUGUUCAAGCCGUGGGACGAGGUCAACGAAAUUCGUGGUACAGGCACGAUCAUGGACAUUUGGAACGUCGUUUUCAAGAGCGCAAUGACGGACUACCCUCCGCCAGAAGCCCAAAUCUGGAUCGAUCCACAAUCUGCUCUCGAUAGUACGGUAAUUAUGGUGAAGCCUGACUAUUAUGGUGGACCCGUGGAGCAUGAAUUACUCAACGACAUACAGUGCCCUCGACUCAGAGGGUUUUCAUACCUACGUCUGCCCGCGAAGAUGAUACGUUGUUGUUUUAUGACUGAGCGUCGACCGAGUCUGGACUGGGGGCCUUUGAAAGACAUGAAAUUGGAGCUGAAAGCGUUUCGCAGACCUGGCUGGCCUGCAGAAGGUUUGCUCGUUGAUGAUCCAUGA